AAGUUCCCUGCGCUGCGCUUUCGCUCGAUCCGAUCGCGUCUCCCGCAUACACAUACACAAAGACAUUUGGUCGAUUGAUCGUUCGCAUUCGAACUCACUGUCUCAUACAACCUUCAAUCAAUACUGAUUGCUCUUCUUCACUUUCUAUGAAGCAGCUUACAAACACCCUGCUCUUUAGUUCUUACUUCUCUCAUCCGCAAACGCGAUCUCUCUCGAGUCCCCGUUUCUGGAUCUCAUCCUCAUCUUCUACAAUCCUGGCAACUUCAUCCAAUCCCAAGACCGUCAGUCAUCGCAGUCAUGGCUGACCACUCCUUCUCGAUGGACUGGUCUCCUCCGACCCCGGAGCCAGUACAUAAUCCAUAUCAAGGCGAUUACGUCCCAGGUGGCUGGCCUGUCGCUCCUCCGACUCCUCCGCCGCAAACCGCUGGUGUCUUCGCCAAACGACCAGCACCCGACGGCGGCAUUCUACCAGCUGCAAAGAGAGUUUGUAGAGGCUUGUUUUCAUUAGGAUUCGCAGCCACAUCGCUCGUCUCAAAAUACACAAUCAGCGCGACCUGCACUGUCGCCGCGGUCCCCGCAUACUAUGUUGUCCGUCAGGUCCAGCAGCGCCAGCAUGAGCAGCGCAACCAACGACCACGCAGACAGCGCGCACCCGACCCUUCUCUCACUGAAUCACCAUGGCAUCGAGCAGUCGCCGGCGUUAGAGACGCAGGUCUCUGGGAAAUGCAGCCUUCGCAUGAAGAGCCAUGGUCUCCUCGCCCCGUUCCGGUUGCAGCACCUCCGCAGAUGACACCAAACGAACCAUUGAGAACCCCCCUGCCGAGCAGCCACCAAUACCUCUCUGAAUUCCCCUCUGGUAUCCUACCUUUCCAACAGGCCGUAUGGCAGGUCGGCGGUACAGGUGGCACCAUGCGACAGCCCCGUCGUCGCGUUACCUCGAGACCUCGACGUCGAUACCAGACUGCGCCUGCGGUGCAUCCUGUACCUCACCUAUCUCCUCCCUCUGUUGAACAAGAAACAACUCCCAUACAACAGAGAAUCCCAGAACCUACUACACCGCCGGCGGAAUUCCCACAGUUGCAGUCUCCAUACCCAGAACUGCCGCCGCUCGGUCCAAAUCUCCCGACUCCCACUAAGCAGGUGGCACAAGAGGUUGUCACUACCCCAGGCUACGAGAGUGAUUCUGCCGCUUCAACCGCGACCGUUAAGAGAUCGUUGCGAUCCAACAAGAGACGAAUUGAAGAACAAGGAUCAAGAGAGUUGGCAGAAGCAGACGGACAUUCCACAGCCAAGAGACUCCAAAGAGAUGGUCCGAGCGUGGAAUCCCCAAAAACCCCUACACCUGUCAUUGUCGUUCAGGGAACCUCGCCUACUGCCACGGCAGAGGCUCAGACCACCCCUGUUGACACGAGUUUGUUGUCGCCUCCGCGUGUUAGGAACCGCAAGGUCAGCACACCAAUCUCUCGACAGAAGAAAACACAAAAUCCCAAAACUCCAGAGGCGCAAAUUACACCGAACGCAGCUAAGACGCCAGGAUCUGAUAUCUCGUCAACCUGCGAUUUUUCGCCUGAGUUGAGCUUAUUAGAGAGACAGGCAAAGAUUGCAUCGAACACAGACAAAACACCAGAGUCUGAUAUUUCGUCAACUUGUGAUGUCUCGCCUGAAUUGACGUUGUUGGAGAAACUUAGCCGAGCCCUGAAGUCGCCCUCGCCGGUCGAGAGUGACAUAUCAUCAACGUGGAACGGAAGCCCACCUGACGUGAGUCAGGACGCUCGCACGUUCGCGAUGAUUUUGGCCGGCGGUGGGCCGCCCAAUUCAGUUGCCCAGACGGGCACUGAAGUUGCGGCGGCAGAGGGAAGCAAGGGUGACCAGCCAGUAGAUGCUGCACCUGAAGCUUACCCUGAGCAUGUUGACACGGAGGCGUUUGUACAGUCUCCUGUUCCGGGUGCUUUUCCAGUAGAAGAAGAGCCCCAGAGAAAUCUGCCCCAUGAGAAUGAGGCCUUCCCAGAUGUCAACCAAUCUCCGACACCGCGCACACAAGAUGCGAACACAUCUGAAGAUCCCAAUGGCACACAAGAUGCGAACUCGGACGAAAGCAUGAACGGCACACAAGCUGCCAACACCCCCACCUCUCCUGAACGCACACAAGAUGCGAUUUCUCCCCUGCAUGUUGCUGGCACACAAGCUGCUAAUAUUGACCCCUCUCUUGAACGCACACAAGAUGCGACACCUCGGCAGAUGAACAGCACACAAGCUGCUAUUCACGACAUCUCACCGGCACAAAUGGACACAAGCUCUGUUGAUGCCAGUCCUGAGACUGAACACGAAAGCCCAGCACAGAGCACACAAGAUGCAGCUGAGGCAACACCCAUAAUAACACCAGCCGAGCCAAAGACGCCGGACCGACGCAUCACAAGAAGCGCGGCACAUACAAAAGUUUCGACCCCCGUCACAGGUCAGAACACAUCUCAGACGGCAGCAACCGUCGACGAGUCUGGAAAGUCGGUAAAGACACCAGACAAGAAACUUGCCAAGCUCACAUUGGAAGAGCAGGAGCAACAAGAGCAAGAACCAUUUGUGCCCGAAGUUCCAACCCCCAAAGCCAGCCCUCACUCGGAAGAGAAGCACCAUCGAGUGACACGAGGCGAGUCCAAGAGACUACAGGCGAUUGAAGAAGCACAGAAAUAUGGCAUUACGCCACUCUCUGAGGAGUGGGAGAAGAAGGUCCAGGAAGCGCUACGACACGGCCACAAGUCCUUUAAGCCGUCUGAUCUUACACGUGUCGUGCCAUUAGGCUCAAGCCGCGGCACACAAAACUGGUUGAACGACGAAGUGAUCAACGGCUACCUGAAGUUGGUAGUGGAACAUGGGCUCAAGAACGACCGUCCCACCCAGUCAGCGAGUCACGCCGCGUUGGCUUCAUUCUUCUACAAUAACCUCGAGACCAAGGGGUAUCAAAGCGUCAGACGAUGGGCUGGCCGAGCCAAGGUUGGGGGCAAGAACCUCCUCGACGCGGAUAACGUGUUUAUCCCCAUCAACAAAGGAGCGCACUGGACUCUCUGUGUGGUGUCGGGUCGCAACCGCACCGUCACACAUUACAACAGUUUGGGCGGCAGCGGACGACAAUACAUUGAGACCAUUAAAGGUUGGCUCAAACUUGAGUUGGGGGCUUCGUACAAGGAAGAAGAAUGGACUUUCAACCUGUCGGGCCAGUCUCCCACACAGCAGAAUAUGGACGACUGCGGCGUUUUUACUGUCACUACGGCUCGUCAGAUCAUGUUGGGUCUCACGCCUAUGAGCUAUGGGCCGGAAGUGAUCCAAAUCCAGCGAAAGCGUAUUGUCGCUGAGUUGGUCAAUGGUGCUCUACUUAAGAGCGGUGAAUGAAUGAAUGAAAUGAUACACAGAAAGGGAAGGAAUCCUCGGAACAGAGCGAGGAAUUUGUACGAAUACGACAAGGAGAAUUUGAUUCGCAAUGAUUUGGAGUCUGGGUAUUCGGUCUCGUCUUGUUCGGCAUGGUUUGCAAAAAGUCUUGGUUUUGGGUUUUGGGUUUUGGGUUUCGGCGUUUGGAUUUCAACGUUGCAUCCAGGAGUUUCUGCUUUACUUUUCCGUCUGGUCUUGUCACGACUGGACAUUGACGACACGGCUCGACUGGCUCGACGAAACGGAACGGAUGGACGAUUGAACGAAUCAUUGAUUGUACGAGCGAAAGUGAUACCCCCUUGAAGUUUUUGACGCGUUUGGGAUAUGUUGAAUCGACUGGAGUUCUGCAUUGGGUUUGGCGUUUGGGUUUGAUUGGGUCCAUGGAUGGAUCAUUGAUUAGGUCCCUUGUUCUGGGACAAAUGGAAGGACCACGACCACGAGGACGCAGCGGACGUGGAGGAACGUUCUGGAUGCGUGGUCAAAUGAUUGUAUGGAUGGGAAAUGAAUACCCCGUGUGUGUCUGGAUAAAUACCAGUAGAAAAGGUACCAAAGAAGGUACAUACUACUGCGCAGUGCAGAUACAGCUGCAACGAAUGCCCAACGAGGGCAUGAAACCCUGGAAAGCCAGGGAUAGGAAAUAAGAUUCCUUUGCCUUUGA